ACGUAUGGAGCGUGUGUAUGCUUGACGCGAAAUCUAAAUGUUUUGAUUUUUCUUCAAUCAGGGGUCUAUGCUUGACAAGUGGUUGAAGAGUGUGUAUUCGAGAUUGAUUGAUUGAUCAAGAAUCAUUCUUGUUUUUGCGUUGCUAGUGUGAAGACAUCAUUCGGAUGGAUUUUUUUUAAUGUGCAUGAUGGAGGAUACAAAUUUUAUGUUAGAAUUAAUUGAAGUUUACCGUUCCCUGCCAGUGUUGUGGAACAUUAAGUCGAAGGAGUACAGCAACCGAUAUUUGAAAAAUGAGCAGUACGAAAUGCUCCUUCUAAAAUACAAAGAAAAGUAUCCCGAAGCGACCAAAAAGGAUGUGACACAAAAAAUUAAUGUUCUGCGGACGAACUAUAGAAGGGAUUGGAUUGAAUUGGAUGAAACCCAACGAAUUUUUGCUAAAAAAUUCAUAAAUGAUAUUCUGUUUGAGGGUCAAAUGGGUACAUUGCACAGGAAUGCAAUGCAUCUCAAUGUAGAGAGUAGGCCAAGCACAUCGUAUCAAGCCAGUUAUUCCAGAUCAGCCCCAGGAAGUUCGUCUUUUUUAGAAAUGCCAAUAUCUCCCAAUAUACAGAGUUCACCAUCUGAAUUUUUAUAUGCUAAUGAAAACUUGAGUUCGGUAUCGCCACAAAACAUUAUCGAAGUAUGGGAAUCAACGUCAGAGCUGGCAGUGGAGUUUUCUCCCCAAAAUACUGAAGUUUCUCGGUAUUUUUCGUCAUUUAAAUAG